AUGGGAUCCUACGAUGAAAACAUAGAGCAUUUGACAGCCGAUAUCAUCGAUAUCCAGUCAGAUGCCGAGAAAAUCGAACUGUCAAAGGAUACUGCUAUCUCGCUGAAAGCCAGGUCGCCAAGCUUCCCGUCAUUGUUGCUGUGGGACGAACAGGGCUUGAAGUUCUUCGAAGCCGUCACCUACGCAUCCGAGUACUACCUGACCAACUGUGAGAUUGAGCUCUUGAAAAAGCACACACAUGAGAUAGCGCAGAGGAUUGAGGCCGGCUCCAUCAUUGUCGAAUUGGGCAGCGGGUGUCUGCGAAAGACCAAGAUCCUUCUGCAGGCGAUAGAUGACCUGAGAAAGUCCGUCGAUUACUAUGCCCUAGACCUAUCACGCUGCGAGCUCGAACGCACUCUACAGGAGGUGUCCCCCAGUACAUUCCACCACGUCCGGUGCCAUGGCCUAUUGGGCACUUAUGACGACGGAUUGACGUGGCUGCAACAAUUUGAAGUUGCCUCGAGGCCCAGAGUCGUACUUUCGCUGGGCUCGACCCUUGGGAGCUUCACCCGGCCUGGAGCCGCGGCAUUCUUCGCAGGAUUCGCCAAAGCUAUCGAUCAUUCCGUCAAUGGAGCAAUCAGCAUUGAGCCUCUGAUGGUCAUUGGCGUGGACGGCUGCAAAAAUGGAGACAGAGUAUGGCCCGCGUACAACGACGCCGAAUCCAGGAACGACCAGUUUAUCAAAAACGCACUCGACUACGCGAACCAGAUCCUGGGCAGGCCCAUCUUUCAUCAGGACGAGUGGGAGCGUCACGGCGAGUGGAACGAAAAACUCGGAAGACACGAGCAGUACCUGGUACCACGAAAGGAUAUUUGGUUUGAGGACCGUUGUCUCAAAGCGGGUGAGAAGGUCUUUGUGGUCUCGAGCCAUAAGUAUGACGAGGAGGACCGACGACAGCUUUGGCAGGGUGCAGGCUUGUCGCUGAUCCAGGGAUGGCAGAAUCCGGACACGGAAUAUGGACUGUAUCUUUUAUCCGCCCGAGGUGCUAGAUUCAGCUGA